AUGGAUUCUCAGCAGUCCCAGGACUCAUGUAGUCCAUCUGCGUCUUCCAACUCGCUUCCUCUUGGGCGACGUGGAUCACGCGACUCUAUGGCCACGACUCAGACUGAACGAGAAUCGAUGAAUGCAGCUCUGGAUCACUACCAUAAUGCAGCGUAUCAGUCUGAAUCGCUCACUCUCUUCAACGAGUUCACUAGUCCGCCGGCUCCGGCUGCUACAUCGGAUGAGAAAGGACUAUCUGACGAAUUACAAGGUGGACUAAGCGGUCUAUAUAGUCGCUUUAGGACGUCCGUCGGGGGGGUGAGGGAUAUUGUCAGUGGCGGUGGAAAGUCUACAGACAAAAAUGCGACAGAAGUUCCUGCAGUCAAGAGUACUAUGUCGGAGCGUUUAAUGGCAAAACCAGUCUCAGAGCUAGCCACAAGCUCCGCUGAUUAUCCACCGUCGCAGCCAAACUCGUCACAAGGAUCAAGACUUCACUCGCCUGUUGUGUCAGAUUUUCACCAUCAUCAAGAUUCUGUACAACAAUCGAACGUAGGAAAGGGAUCAAGAAUAUCCUCCAAAAAUGGUAGCAUAUCGUCAAAAGCCUCCGUCUCACCAUCUGCUGGAAUCAAGCCCUGUAUCGCACCAUUAACGAAAGCCACUGGUAGCGCCAGUGUGGCAGAUCCUACAGUCACUCAGUUCCAUGUGAACGUCAUCGGAAACCCCGACCGUUCAAGAAGCAGCUCCGUCAAUGGCCCCUUCCAGGGAGGCCAUAAUGCAGAACCAACAAAUAUCGGCAGCAAAGAAGGCCCUAUGGAUAUCUCCACAAGUCAAACAUCCUCUUCAUUGAGCCAGAACCUUUCUAGUUCGCCAAUUCUGUCAGCAAAGAUGUAUGACAGUCACCAUGAGGACUACAACCCCAAAGAUUCACUCUUUUCGGCAACGUAUACUCCAGACAAUCAGUCUCGGAAGUCCGUCUCUACUCCAGAUCAACAAAAGCUGCCCGAGAACUCCUCUCAAUCAAUUAAUAUGCGAAAUCUUAAGCAACCUGAACCAGUUCAGGACCAUAUAUCUGAGCAUCUGGGAGAAAGAUCAAAAUCACGAACAUCUUUCCCGUAUGAAGAGCCGAAAGCUUCAGUUUCUGCGUCGAACAGUCUAUCAAGGCUUUCCUCUCGUGAUGAAGUACCAUACAAUUCUGAAAAACUCCCAUCUAACAUGGAGACAACUAUUCCUCGUGACGGUGCCGACGCCAAUGAGCCUUCAAGGGUUGGAGCCCCAGGCAGAUCCAAUGAAGAGUCAACAUCCUCAACCCGAGCAGCACGACUGCCUGGCUAUGUGAUCUCGCGGGCCUCCACGGCUGAAACUACCACAACUGUCUCUUCUUCUUUGUCCCCUUUGAACACUUCACUCGAUCGGGGUAAUGGUCAAUAUCUACAAGCCAGGCGCCAACCUCCCGGGGACAAUGUUUUGUCGCAGCUCAGGAGUAAACUGCUCAGCAGGGAUUUCUGGAUGCGGGAUGAGAAUGCCAAAGACUGCUUUCAUUGCGGAGAACCUUUCACGACGUUUCGCAGAAAACACCACUGUCGAAUUUGCGGUCAAAUCUUUGAUUCGAAAUGCACUCUGCUUGUUUCCGGAACACGAUUCGGACAGCCUGGAAGUAUUCGGGUUUGCAAACCAUGCGAGAAGAUGAUAGAUGCACACGACGAUGAUUCAUCUGAGUUUUCCGAUAGCGAGCAGAGCCCCGUAGUGACCAACCCCCGGGUUAGUGAACUCAGCUGGACCAAUACUGGACGGACAUCUGCGGAUGAUGAUGAUUCAUCUUCAGUUGUAUCUCAAUCGAUCGAUCACGUUCUGAAAACCCCCACGAUGGCCAUACCGGCCACACGACGUGCUGGAGAGGGACAUAACAGCCGCUCGGCAAUUCUUGAAAUUGAUUCCGAUCGCCCUCUGCCACGGCCUACCUCUUCGCGCUCUCUGCGGUCCUCACUGGGUGGCAGAACACACUCCAUCAAUCACAAACGUCACCACUCUCGUCAGCAAUAUAUUCGGGGCUUCAAGCCAGAUCAUGAAGAUCGAGCCCCCUUCCAACGCCGACAUGCAGACGACAUUGAUGCUGCUGAAUCUCGACUCCCUGCCUUUCAUAGAGAUAACAUCAUUGACCCUGAUCUUGCUCAAUAUCUCUCGGACGAUGCAUCCAGCGGCGAUGAACAACCUAGUCUCUUGUCUGCAGUGUCUGAGGGUACUCUGUCCAAGAGUGGGGGUGAAAGUGAGAGGGCAUCCUUUGGUGGGCUUCUCGCUGCCAUGAAAAAAGGCAGAUCUGCUUUUGGAGAUCGAGGUUCUCCCACAAUGAAUCGAGAUGCAGACGAGGCCAGUAUCACCAGUUCAAGAGCUGUGAAUUUACCUCGUUUUUCCCGUCGACGAAAUAUGAGCGUUACUAGUGGUUAUCAACCACGUCAUUCACCCAGGACAUCAAAGGACAAUAUGCUUCCUCAUGAUACCUCAGUGCCGGCUAUAUCUUUACCCGAGGGCUCAAAGCAGGUCGGCUUCAAGAUGACUCGGAGUUCAUCAAUGAGGGGCAAUGAUGCACCACCGGUGGAAUUUAACAAAGCCAGUCUGGAACACGUACGAAAGCUUCUCCAUCAACUGCUUGUAGAAUCUGCUGUACCAAAUGGUGACGGCUGGGAAAAUGCGUUGAUGCCAAUACUCUUGAAAGCAGCAGAUGAGGUCGAUCCAGAUGUCCAAAAAGGGGAUGAUAUGGACAUUCGACACUACGUCAAAGUGAAGAAGAUUCCGGGUGGACGGCUUGGCGACACUUCUUAUGUAUCGGGUCUCGUUUUCACCAAAAAUUUGGCUUUGAAAGGCAUGUCACGGAACAUUUUACGUCCAAACAUCUUGAUCAUCACAUUUCCCCUUGAAUAUGCUCGUCAGCAACAACAUUUUAUGAGUCUCGAACCUGUCAUUCGACAGGAGCGUGAGUUUCUAGAGAAUCUGGUCAGUCGGAUCUCAGCACUGCGUCCAAACUUGCUGUUGGUCGAGAAAACUGUUUCUGGCCUGGCUCUUGGCCUCCUCGAGCAAGCCGGAAUCGCCACUGCAUACAACGUGAAGGCAUCUGUUCUCGAGGCUGUGUCGAGAUGUACGCAGACUAGAAUUAUGACAUCUAUGGACAAGCUCUUGACGGCCACAUUGCAUAGUGAAUGUAGCAGUUUCGACGUGAAAACCUAUGUCCAUAAUGGUCGAAAGAAAACAUACAUGUACAUCUCCGGCUGUCCAAAAGAGCUCGGAUGUACCAUUAUCCUACGCGGAGGAGAUGAACAAGUCCUCGGGAAAGUGAAACAGAUCACUGAGUUCAUGAUCUACGUUGUAUACAAUCUCCGCCUGGAAACAUGUUUGAUACGAGAUGAAUUUGGAAGGAUAUCAACCUCGCCAACAGGAGAGUCAACACUCGUGGCCGACAAAGACAAGAAAUUCAAUCUGCAGAUUGGCACUCAUGAAGGCGACGCACACCUGGGCAACCCAUCUACUGUUCAACAGGGAACGAACGAGAAACUUGGUGAUACCUCUGAUAGCCAAAUUCUCGUUGAUACCGAUGCUGCGAAAGUUCCAGACAACAUCCCAAUGCCGACAUACUAUAACGAUAUGGUUAGAGAUUACGAGACAAAGAUUGUGUCGACCUCGCCUUCCGUGAAAUUCGAGGCUCCGUAUCUCUUGACACGUGCUCGCGAAAUGGAACGCAGACUUUCGUAUUUGAAAUAUCUUCGUGAUAAAGACGGCAACUCUGAUCAGAUCGUCGAUGAAAAAGCCAAACCGCAGAAAUUUGUCCUCAUUACCCCAGAGAUGGUCGAUCAAUCACCACAAGAUGCCCCAGCAAAAGUCAAGGAAGUAUUGCGUGCUGCGCAUGAAGCCGAGUACGAUCGGGCACUUUAUCACCAUCAAACCCAAAAACGCCAGUGGGAAGCCUAUGUGGCGGGGAACUCUAACAUGUUUGACCCUUAUUCACAUCAAAAUAUAGUCGUUCUCUACAGUGUUGUGUGCACAACAACAUCAGUCCCCUGCUUAGGGCCAGAUACAUUUGCCCUGGAGUUCUACAAUGAGCGUGGAGAUAACAUGGUCUUCGAAUCAGAUCUCGCCCUUGGGCAGUAUGUCGAGGACCUUUGUCACGCAGCAAAUUCUGUAUGCACCGUCAACGGCUGCGAGAAGCGCAUGUUCGAACACCACCGCCAGUAUGUCCAUGGAGAGGCUCAGAUCAGCGUCCUGGUCCAGCCUUAUCCUUCUAAGCUCCUUGGGCUCGACAAUGCCGUGCUGAUGUGGAGCUGUUGCAAAAUUUGCGGCAGUGAAACUCAAGUCAUCCCUAUGUCGCGGAGCACAUGGAAAUAUUCAUUCGCAAAAUACUUGGAGCUGUCCUUCUGGGGCAGAGACUUGCUUGCUCGUACUGGGGGUUGCGCCCAUGAUUUGCGGCGGGAUUAUCUCCACUAUUUUGGCUACAGUGGUCUUGCUUUGCGAGUCCAGUAUGACUCUAUUCGUCUUCUCGAGAUUAUCGUUCCACGUCCUCGUGUUACUUGGAAGGUAGACAACGACCUGAAGCUGAGGAACAAAGUCUAUUUGAGUACCGAACAACGGCUCAACAAAUUCAUGGCAUCUGUUCAAGACCGUUUGAAAGGCAUCAACGUCCAGAGUGUUGUUCCCGAACUGCUAGAGAGCUGCAAGGCGGAAAUUGAGACUUUGAUUGAGAAAGGUCAUGAAGACCAUAGCACUUUGGUUCGGCACCUACAAGACAAAUACACAAGUUCUCGCUACUGGGAGGUCAUACCACUGAAUGGAGUCCUUCGUGCAAUUCAAGAAAAGGUUGUCGAAUGGGAUACAACAUUUGCUGAUUUUGAGAUGAACUUUUUCCCAUCCGAAAAGGAUAUCAAGCAUAUGGCAACGCUGCAACUCAAAAAGAUAUUCCUCGACAAAGAUGCAACAUCGGUUUCUACAGAUGAUGCCCUUCAGACUCCUACGGACGUUGAAGACGAAAACUACCAGGCAGUUGACAGGCCACCGCUGAUGCGACGCAUGACACUUUCACCGGAAAAGGCACAGGAUGUACUGGUCUCCGUUGUCGAGGAGCAUUCUGGCAAAAAGCACCGCGAGGAAUUCCAAGAACUAGAGUUGCCCUCACCUCCAGCUUCAACCGAUGAAGCAUCUUUAUCGGCCGAUGCAGCCGGUACAACGAGGUCUUCUCCCCAGGAUGAGGCUGUAUCACAAGAAGAAGUCCGCCAUCUCGACUUGGCUGUUCCAACUGGUCAAUCAGAACGCAUUUCCGUCAGCCAUGCUGAAAUUCCGGAUCAAUCUACAAUGAAGACUGACCUCCCUGUGAUGAUCCCCGGUGAUGGAUCAUCGGAAUUAUCACCACCAGAAAGUUCUGAGAUUCCCGAUCAAGGAACCAAGAAUGAAACCGAAGACAACGGGCCUUCUGACAUGCCAAGUACGCCAGUACGUCGGCCUUCAGCCAUACCGAGACCCACCGAACCAGGCUUUCGACGCUCCGGUAAGACACGAUCUCCUCCGCUUUUGCGUACCCAGUCUCAGCCGGCAAAUCUACCACGAUCAUCUCACAUCAUUCCACUUGCAGGGUUAAAAAUGGCGUUCACCAAUCCAAUCGAUCCAGAAAAGCCUGCAGUCCAAUCACCAACAAAGUCAUCGGAUAGAAAGCUGAGCGAUCGUUUAGGCUUUAGUUCCCUCAAGAGUGCCCGAUUUGCAUCGGGUCAGUCGCUUAUCCCACGGUCUGCUCCAGGUAAAAGGGGAAUCUCGCAGGUUUCCAAUCUUGCCAGGCAUUUUGAGCAAUUGAGUCGUGAGUUCGAAAAAGAGCGACAGCGCGAAAGGCGUCAACGUGCUGCAAAGGGUACUCACUCCCGAGCAUUCCCAUUGGCGUCCUCGAAGCCCAUCGUAGAGGUAUAUCGAAACGUACGAGAGGCUGUUGAAGAACGCGAACCACCGGUCGAUAGUGAUGAAUCUUUGCCCUCGGCUCCACGGAUCCCAAUGGACGACAUGAGUCGCAAAAGUGAUGAACUUAGGAAUCAUGAUACAACUCAUGAUGAGCCCUCUCUGCCAAAUGAUUCUCCCCCAGAACCUACGGAAGUAGACAGUGCACUCUGUCCUGACAGUCAAAUAUUAUCUAGCGGCGAAGCAGAUGAUCACCAAAGUGAUGAGGAUCAAAACAUGGUUGAAGAUCUCCAUCCGGUAGAUUCCCAUGAAGAGCCCAAACACUCACCAGAGGACGAUUCAAGUGAAUUCAAAGAACUGCCUAAACAUGAGCGUCAUAACCUUCUGAAAAUGCUAACAAACUUCUGGUCUGAACGUUCUGCAAGUGGGUGGGCGUCUCUUGACUAUCCACUCACUGUCCUAGAUCAUGUCUUUGCUGAUAGCAAUAUUAUUGUUCGCGAAGAUGAACCAAGCUCUUUGGUAGCGUUCGCUUUGGACUCUUCCGACUAUAAAGAAAAACUCUCAAGCAUUCAACAGCGGUUUGACGAGGUGGAAGAACACAAAACAGAUGCCGGAGAUAACAUGGAGGACACGAAUGAAGCACGAGUCGAACAUGCUCUCUUGCGACCUACGGGCACACACCUUAAGUAUCAAUUCCAAGAAGGCCCGGCCAAGAUGCUUUGCAAAGUGUUCUACGCCGAGCAGUUUGAUGCGCUGCGCAAAAAGUGUGGUGUGGCAGAUCGAAUCGUCGAGUCAUUGUCUCGGUGCGCAAAGUGGGACUCAAAAGGUGGCAAGACAAAAUCGUUGUUCCUGAAGACCCUUGACGACCGUUUCAUUCUCAAAUCGCUCUCAACAAUUGAAACGCAGGCUUUUCUCAAAUUUGCCCCGGCCUAUUUCCAAAUCAUGUCCGAGGCCCUGUUCCAUGAACUCCCUUCCGCAAUCGCCAAGAUGUUUGGCUUUUACCAAGUCAUCAUCAAGAAUCCAGUCACAGGAACAGAAUUCAAUUGGUUCUUGUUACUAAUGGAGAACUUGUUCUACGACCGUGUCCCUACGCGCAUAUUUGAUCUGAAAGGCUCGAUGCGAAACCGCAAAGUAGAGAGCACCGGUGAACGGGAUGAGGUUCUCUUGGACGAAAACAUGGUGGAUUUCAUCUAUGAGACACCUCUGUUUGCCCGCGAGCACUCAAAGAAGCUUCUUAGCCAAAGCGUAUGGAAUGAUACACUCUUCUUAGGUCGUCAAGACGUCAUGGACUACUCGCUCAUGAUCGCUAUCGAUGAAAGCCGCAAUGAACUGGUGGUAGGGAUCAUUGACUGUAUCCGCACCUACACCUGGGACAAGAAACUCGAGUCCUGGAUCAAGGACAAAGGAUUCGCUGGCGGUGGCCGUAAUCGACCAACGGUCACAAGUCCCAAGGAGUACAAGGGCCGUUUCCGUGAGGCAAUGGCGAGAUACGUGCUUCAAGCACCAAGCUGCUGGCAUCAAUUCCAAUCACCUGCGAUGUACCGCUAUGAGAACCAGAUCACUGAAGUCGAGACUGUUGAUAAGAGCAGGUUUACCGAAGACACUAGCUACUAA